AUGUCGACACUACCAACAAGAUCCGACCUAGUCCUACGACCCCACCCAAGACAAAUUACUAGCAAUAACGACAACACCAACGAAAGGAACCAAAUAUCCCACUUAUCAUCCCUCCCAACCGAGCUGCUUCUUCAUAUAGGCACACACAUCGAAAAAGAAGGCGACCUGAACGCACUCAUCCAAACAUGUCACCACUUCCACAACACCUUCCAAGAUGCUCUCUACAAAAUGUGCUCGGACCCGCAAUCGAAAUUCCUUUGGGCAUGCAAUCACAACCACAUCCGUCUCGCAGAGAAAAUGGUAUCCCGAGGCGCGAUAACGCGCGUCCCAGUCGUACCUGGUAAACCCCUACGCCGAGUCGGACGCCGAGGUCGCUCUGAAUAUCUAGAAGCUCGGCCGGAAUCUCUUCCGCUCAUGGCGGCCUCGAGGAACGGGUAUGUGGAUAUGGUGCGCUUUUUGAUUGGGAGGGAUCGUGGAUUGAUUUAUUUGUUGGAUGGAGUUGGAUUUUCGGCGCUCUGUUAUGCGGUUCAGUUUGGGCAUGUGGAUGUUGUGGAGGUUUUGUUGGGGGUGGAUGAGGAGGACGAGUAUGGGUCUAGUGUGGCUCAUAUUAUUCAGAGGGGUAAUGGUAUGGGGAUAUUUUUGGGUAGGAGUGCGCUUAAUCCGAUUAAUAUCGCGUUGGAAUGGGGGAGGGUUGAGAUUUUGAAGAUGUUGUUGAAGGAUGGACGGAGUGGAUUCGAUAAAGAUAGUCUUUUGGCUGCGGUUUUGGGGGGCGAGGUUGAGUGUGUUCGGGCUUGUUUCGAGAUUGAUACCGUGGGAGAGGGGAUGGAUGAUGCGUAUCAUGUUUUCAGGGAGGAUGAGUUGGCGGAGGCCUGUGACAGAGGUUAUGAAGAUAUUGUUCUUCUGAUACUGGAUUUGUCGAGGGGAAUCGAUCCGAAUCGGGCUACGGGGCGGCCUCGGGGGGAAUUGAGGACUCCGUUGAUCAGUGCGGCGAGAAGUGGCCAUGAGGGUAUUGUGAAGAUCUUGCUUGCUAGGGAUGAUGUUGAUCCUGAGAAGCCGUCCAAGUCUGGCCGUACGCCGUUCUGUUGGGCUGCAGUAAAGGGACAUGUCGGGGUGAUGAAGCUUCUGUUGGAGACUGGGAAGGUCGAUGUUAAUUCGCAAACAGAUGAUUUGGCAACGCCGCUGUCUUGUGCUGCUGCUGCUGGGGAAGAAGAUUCCGUCCGAUUUUUGCUCUCACUUGAUGAGGUCGAAGUCGAGUCGAGGGAUAUCUAUGGCCGGACGGCGACUUUUUUGGCUGCGGCGAAAGGUGCUGCGGGUGCUGUGAGGGUGCUGUUGGAGUCUAGAAGGGCGGAUCCUGAAGCCAAAGAUCAGAUCCAUGGAUUUACUCCUCUGAUUGCUGCAAUUGAUCAGGGGCAAUUUGCUCAAAAGCCACGUUCUAGUUUCUUUGCCCAUGAGCUUGGUGGUGCUCCCCUUCCCUCUGCCUGUCAGGAUAUUCUCAAUUUACUGCGUGACGCGGGUGUUCCUGUUUCUUCGGAUUGGAUGAAGACGGAAGAAAUGGGUUACGAUGAUCUCGACAGCGAGAGGAAAUUCGUGGCUCGCGAUGCCCUAGAGGUGAUGAGAGUAUUUCUUGCAUGCCCGGACUCGGUGAACCCGAACACAUCGAGGGACGAUGGCAAAACGCCUUUGAUGCAUGCAAUAACCAGACGUCAAGUUGAUGCCGUGCAGCUACUGCUAUCUUCAAGCAGGAUAGAUGUCAAUAUUACGGAUAAGAAUGGCCAGACCGCGCUGGAAUAUGCGAAUGAGAUAUAUAGGCCCGAUUCUCGACAUCUUCUGCGAGAUAUCCGCUCGCCGAUAGGGCACCGACCCGGGGUAAGCCGCCGACGACACGCUCGAACGGGUGAGCUGGAACCAGUCGAGCUGUGA